UUCUCUCUUUCAUUCUUUCUCUCUUUCUCUCUUUCUCUAUUUCUUUCACUCUUUCUUUCUCUCUUUCUUUCUCUCCAUCAUGGAGGCUGUAGCCGUGUUUUCUUUCCGAGCAAAAGAACGAGACGAGCUCAGCUUCCAGAAAGGAGAGAUACUGAAGGUGACGGAGAUGGAUGAGGAUCCUAAUUGGAUGAUGGCAGAACUCCACGGGAGGCGAGGCUACGUCCCUGAGAACUACAUUAGUCUGUUACCACACCCGUGGUUUGCGGGACGUGUGUCCAGGCAGCAGGCUGAGCAGCGGUUGCGUUGGGAGGAGAGAGGAGUGUUCCUGGUUAGAGAGUCAGAGAGUUCACCAGGAGAGUUCUCUGUUUCUGUCAGCUAUGGCGACAUGGUCGAGCACUUCCUGGUUCUCGAGGGGUUGGGUCAGUACUGUGUGUGGGAGGAGACUUUCUCGUCUCUCAACCGAUUGGUCGACUUCUAUAGAUCACACAGCAUCGCCCAGGAGAGACCUGUCUACCUGACCGACCCUCCUGACACACCUCUACACUCACACACACCCUCACACACACCUCUACACACACACACACCUGCACACCCUCUCACACACACUGCCAUGCAUCUACCGGACCCUAACCCAAACCCCUACACACCCCUAACCCUAGCACACACACACACCCCUAACCCGUAUCUAGCUGAGCACCACACACACCCCACUCACCCUCGCACACACACCCCUAACCCUAACACACACACCACCCACUCCCCUAACACACACCACACACACACCCCUACCCAACACCCCCCAGCCCCAGCCUGCUACUCCAACAGAAGAGAACCAAGCAGGAACCUGAACUGGGGUUAUUCUGCCCCUACAUAACCACACACACACACACACACACACACACACACACACACACACACACACACACACACUACCGAGUUCCACACUGCCUCUUGAAGCAACGUCAGCACAAGAACUGGUCGUCGGGAGUUUCCUGAAAUGGGUUUCCAUGGCAGCCGGCACACACAUUCUAGACGACGCUUCCAUAUUUGGAGCCCUUUCUUGUUUGAGCAACAGACAAUGGCCCCUGUGCAGAAAGCCAGGUCUAUACAGAAGUGGCCUAAUCCCCCAACAUCAGUGGCCGACUAAAAGCUUUUGUGGCUGAACGGAAGCAAGUCUGCGCGUCUAGUGGAAAGCCUUCCCAGAAGAGUGGAGGCUGUUAUAGCAGCAAUGUUCCAACAUCUAGUGGAAAGCCUUCCCAGAAGAAAGGAGGCUGUUAUAGCAGCAAUGUUCCAACAUCUAGUGGAAAGCCUUCCCAGAAGAGUGGAGGCUGUUAUAGCAGCAAUGUUCCUACAUCUAGCGGAAAGCCUUCCCAGAAGAGAGGAGGCUGUUAUAGCAGCAAUGUUCCAACAUCUAGUGGAAAGCCUUCCCAGAAGAGUGGAGGCUGUUAUAGCAGCAAUGUUCCUACAUCUAGUGGAAAGCCUUCCCAGAAGACUGGAGGCUGUUAUAGCAGCAAUGUUCCAACAUCUAGUGGAAAGCCUUCCCAGAAGAGUGGAGGCUGUUAUAGCAGCAAUGUUCCUACAUCUAGCGGAAAGCCUUCCCAGAAGAGAGGAGGCUGUUAUAGCAGCAAUGUUCCAACAUCUAGUGGAAAGCCUUCCCAGAAGAGUGGAGGCUGUUAUAGCAGCAAUGUUCCUACAUCUAGUGGAAAGCCUUCCCAGAAGACUGGAGGCUGUUAU